AUGGCCGAGGAAGAAAAACUACCGAUCCCCCCUACGUUCCUCGAGAAACUUCUGUUCUACACGACAGCGACUUUCGUCCUUCUUGCCACUUUUAGUCUCUUCGCGUUCCUCUUUUUAGUACCUUUCGUGAUCGAGCCGGCCUUCACCACCAUAUUCAUGCAAUUCGAUCCAGUCGGGGCGUUAUGUGUCACCACUCAAGUUAAGCAUUUGGUUGGAGCGAGUAACUGUACAUGGGCAUCCUGCAGAGAAGGCUGCACAAAAGACCUUUUCGAGUGCACACAGAUACGUGUUAACUACAAGCUCGGUGAGUAUCCGAAUAUAACGUCCACUGAAUUCGAGAACUUAAUUCGGGCUGAGAGGUCUUUAAGAAAGGACUACGAUUACGAAAACAAUUACGAAGCGCCAAUCGAUAAGAAUUAUCCUGAAAUGGAUGACCAAGAACUACCCGAUGCAAUACCGACGGGCUUACAAGGAAACGAUUCCGAAUGGUACUUCACUGGGGCUCGGCUCUUCCCUAAUGUAAAGGGUUGCGGCUACCCACCAAUUCUAAACUGUACCGUAUUUUAUGGCAAGUAUAGACCAUUAGGUAACAACUAUACUUGUUACUACAGCCGCGUGGAUCCAGGUCUGGUGAUAACAGACUUGGAUAUGUGGCAGAAUACUUUAAAUCUAGUGUAUGCUAUGGCCAUACCGAUACCAUCCUUCAUAAUUUCUGUGAUAUACUUGACGUUUGCGUAUUUUAAGAUCUACAAUACUGAGGAAGAGUCGGAGCAAGCUCCUUUGCAGAGUGAUGCUGAGGGGAUGGCUACAGGCGAUGACGGGAAACCUACAACUCCCGGUUCCGACACUUUUAGAGAAGAUCUAGCUUGCUUCGGGCACCAGUUGAAGAUGCAGCUGGCAAACGAGAAGGCAAAAGAAGGCUUCGAGUCCAACAGCCCUCCGAUUUCUAAUUCUGCUUCAUUGUCUGGGACCAAGUCGUCAUUCGUGAACGCCUAA